AAUGACGUUUCGGUUGUUGGCGAGCCCAUAAAGGAUAGACUGUCCUCUCCCUGUCACAGAGUGAGAGGGAGAUAAAAGAGAGAGAGUGAGUGAAAGGAAGGUAGUCGAAGCGGACUGUGACUUGCAUCAGAAAAUAAAACUAGGAAAACGCACAAGAAGACAUUGAGUUUUAGCAAGUGGAGGAAUAAAUAAAAAAAAACCUAGGGAAGCGCGCAAAGUGACAGAAGAGGUACAGUUUUUUUGUUUUUUUCCACCCUUUUGGGACACCAAGAUGACUGCAUAGCGACGAUACAUUCAGAGCAGAUACGAAGUGGAGAGUAAAGCGGACGAGCAUCCCCUCGGAGCCACGCGGGGGACACUCAGGUGCAGGGAACUCAAACUGGCGGCGCUCUUAGAAUGCAGAAGUCACCAGUAGAAGAUGCGAACUUCUUCUCCAAAUUUUUCUUCUGGUGGGUAACACCACUGUUAAGGAAGGGCUUCAGAAAGAAGUUGGAUCUGUCAGAUGUGUACAAGGCUCCCUCCUUUGAUCUGGCAGACAACCUCUCUGAGAGACUUGAAAGAGAAUGGGACAGGGAGGUGGUGUCAGCCACAGCCAAGAGAAAGCCAAAGCUGCUGAGAGCACUGGCCCGCUGCUUCUUUUGGCCUUUCGCCUGCUUUGGUGUCCUCCUCUACCUUGGGGAGGCUUCCAAGACAGUGCAACCUCAGAUUUCAGGUCGCAUCAUUGCUUCCUUUGACCCGUUCCAUGCUCCAGAGAGAAGUCAGGGACUCUACCUGUCCCUGGGCCUUUGCCUCCUCUUCACUGCCCGCUUCCUUCUGUUGCAGCCUGCCAUCUUUGGCCUGCAUCACCUUGGCAUGCAGAUCCGCAUCGCACUUUUUAGCCUUAUUUACAAGAAGACCCUGAAGCUGUCCAGCAGAGUCUUGGAUAAGAUCAGCACUGGUCAGCUUGUUAGUUUGAUGUCUGCAAAUCUCAACAAGCUGGAUGAGAGUUUGGGUCUGGCACAUUUUAUAUGGAUCACCCCUCUGCAGUGUAUAUUGUGUGUGGGUCUGGUCUGGGAGUUGAUUGAGGUGAACGGCUUCUGUGGCCUUGCAGCACUGACUCUGAUGGGCAUCGUCCAGGCCUGGCUCUCCACCAAGAUGGCACCUCAUCGGGCGAACAGAGCGCCUAUGACUAGCCGCCGCCUAGCUCUCACCACAGAGAUUAUAGAGAACAUUCACUCUGUGAAGGCGUACGGCUGGGAGGAAGUGAUGGAAAAUAUCAUCAAGAACAUCAGGCAGGAUGAGAUGACACUGACGAGAAAGAUUGGAUCUCUCCGUUACUUCUACAGCGCGUCAUACUUCUUCUCUGCCAUCUUUGUUAUCCUCUCAGCGAUUAUACCAUAUGCACUCAGUAAAGGCAUCAUCCUGCGUCGAAUUUUCACCACAGCCUCCUACUUCAUGGUGUUAAGAAUGACACUGACCCGCCAGUUUCCAGGUUCCCUCCAGAUGUGGUACGACACAAUGACACUACUCCACAAGAUUGAGGAUUUCCUGAUGAAGGAAGAAUACAGUGGACUGGAGUAUAACCUCACCACCUCAGAACUGGAGUUGGUCAAUGUGUCCGCAUCCUGGGAUGAGCGUAUCGGUGAGUUGUUUGAGAAGAUCCAGCAGGAGAGCAAAGCAAAUGGACACCUGAAUGGUGACCCCGGGCUCUUCUUCACCAAUCUCUAUGUCACCCCUGUGCUCAGAAACAUCAGCCUGCACCUCGACAAAGGCCAGAUGCUCGCUGUGGCUGGAUCCACUGGCUCAGGAAAGAGUUCCCUGCUCAUGAUGAUUCUGGGAGAACUGGUGCCAACAGAGGGUAAAAUUAGACACAGUGGUCGCAUUUCCUUCUCACCCCAGACUUCUUGGAUUAUGCCAGGGACGAUUCGUGACAACAUCCUGUUUGGCCUGACCUAUGAUGAAUACCGCUACAAUUCUGUUAUUCAGGCCUGCCAGCUGGAAGAGGACUUCGCUUUGCUCCCCGAGAAAGACAAGACGUAUCUUAUCGAUGGAGGGGGGACCCUCAGUGGUGGUCAAAGAGCUCGUCUCUGCCUUGCCAGGGCUGUGUAUAAAGAUGCAGACCUCUACCUCCUGGAUGCGCCUUUCACCCACCUGGACAUUGCUACAGAAAAAGAGAUCUUUGAAAACUGCAUCUGUAAACUUAUGGCCUCCAAGACUCGUGUCGUAGUAACCAGCAAGUUGGAGCAUCUCAAACGUGCAGACAAAAUCCUUCUGCUGCACAAUGGAGAUUGUUACUUCUAUGGCACCUUCUCAGAGCUGCAGGCCAAGCGUCCAGACUUCAGCUCCCUGCUUCUUGGUCUUGAGGCUUAUGACAAUGUCAAUGCUGAGCGGCGUGGAUCCAUUCUCACAGAAACUCUUCGCAGGGUUUCAGUUGAUGAAACCGCUGGUUUCCGUGGCCCAGAGCAAAUUCGUCAGUCCUUCCGACAUGCACCAGCUCAAAGCCAUCCUCUAGGUGAUGGCUACCCUGAAAAACGCAAGCAGUCACUCAUCCUUAAUCCUCUGGCAGCUGCCCGCAAGUUCUCCUUCAUUGGGAAUUCUCAACAAACCGGAAACACAACAGUGGAAGACAGGUCUGAUGAACUCCCAGAGAGAAGAUUCUCUGUAGUGCCUGAAGAUGAACAAAUAGAGGAGGCACUUCCGAGGAGUAACCUGUACCAUGAUGAGUUUCAGCACCUUAGCGGGCAGCGGCGCCAGUCUGUCUUGGAGUUCAUCACCAGUGCUCGGGGCCAAGAGCGCAGAGAGCAGAUGCAGUCAUCUUUCAGGAAAAAGCUCUCCAUCACACCGCAGUACAGCCUUGCAUCAGACCUGGACAUUUACUCCCGCCGCCUGUCCAAGGACAGUGUUUAUGACAUUAGUGAAGAUGUGGAUGAAGAAGACAUGGAGCAAUGUUUUGCAGAUGAACGUGACAAAAAUGUCUUUGAAACUACCUCAUGGAACACUUACCUACGCUACGUAAACACCAACAGGAACUUAGUCUACGUCCUCAUUUUCAUCUUCAUUGUCUCUGUCAUUGAGGUUGCUGGCUCUGUCCUCGGUAUUUUUCUUAUUACUGAUGAGGUCUGGAGGGACGCCGCCAAUCCUUCAUCACCCAACUAUAUUGAUGAGCAGCACCCCAAUGCAUCGUCGCCGCCUGGCCAUCUCGGUGUUAUUAUGACACCCACCAGUGCUUAUUACAUCAUCUACAUCUUUGUAGCCCAUGCGGACAGUAUUCUGGCCCUGGGAUUCUUCAGGGGUCUCCCUUUAGUGCAUACAUUACUGACUGUGUCCAAAAGACUGCAUGAACAGAUGCUUAGCUCUGUGCUGCGAGCCCCCAUGUCUGUGCUCAACACGAUAAAAACAGCCAGGAUCGUGAACAGGUUCACCAAGGACAUGGCCAUCAUAGAUGACAUGCUGCCAUUGGUGCUUUUUGACCUCAUACAGGUGUCAUUGAUCGUCGCCGGUGCCAUCUUCACUGUGUCCAUCAUAGAGCCAUACAUCUUCAUUGCUGCUCUCCCAUUGGCUUUUAUCUAUGUUUUCCUCAGGAAGUACUUUCUACGAACUGGACAGCAACUUAAAGUCCUGGAGGCUGAAGCUCGUACCCCGAUCUUCUCCCAUCUCAUCCUCUCACUAAAGGGUUUAUGGACAAUUCGGGCAUUUGAGCGCCAGACCUACUUUGAGACACUUUUCCACAAGGCUUUGAACACUCACACGGCCGCCUGGUUCCACUACCUGUCUGUUCUGCGGUGGUUUCUCUUCCGCUGUGACAUGCUCUUCACCGUGUUCUUUACUGCGGCUGCCUUCAUCGCAACAGGAAGCAACAGGGACAAACCAGGAGAGAUUGGCAUUAUUGUGGCACUGGCUGUGCUUAUCUGUGGGAUCUUCCAGUGGGCUGUCAUCACCAGCAUCGCUGUAGAUGGGAUGAUGCGUUCAGUGAAUCGGGUAUUCAAAUUCAUCGACCUACCAUCAGAAGAUCCUCGGUUGGGGAAACCUAAAGGAGGUGGCAGAGGCCUUGAUAUCGUCAUCGACAACCCCCAUGCACGUGACUGCUGGCCUAACUGUGGCCAGCUGGACGUCCGGGGCCUCACAGUGAAAUACACAGAGGCUGGGCGUGCCAUCCUCAACAAUAUCUCCUUCUCUGUGGAGGGGGGACAAAGCGUUGGUCUGCUGGGUCGAACAGGUUCAGGGAAGAGCACCCUGCUGUCUGCUCUGCUGCGUCUCACCUCCACAGAAGGAGACAUUUCUAUCGAUGGUGUUUCCUGGAACUCUGUCUCAUUGCAAACAUGGAGGAAGGCCUUCGGUGUGGUGCCACAGAAAGUCUUUAUCCUGACUGGAACUUUCCGGAUGAACCUGGACCCACAUGGAAAUUACAGCGACACAGAACUGUGGAAGGUGGCUGAGGAGGUGGGUCUGAAGUCUGUGAUUGAGCAGUUCCCAGACAAGCUAGACUUUCAGCUGGAGUAUGGAGGCAGCGUGCUGUGCAAUGGACACAAACAGCUGGUUUGUCUUGCCCGUUCCAUCCUCAGUAGAGCCCGUAUCCUGCUGCUGGAUGAGCCAUCUGCCUACCUUGACCCUAUAACACUGAAGGUCCUGAGGAAGACACUGAAGCAGGCGUUUUCAGGCUGCACCGUCAUCAUGUCAGAACACAGGGUGGAUCCACUGACGGACUGUCAGUCAUUCCUGAUGAUUGAAGGCAGCUCCAUGAAAACAUACGACUCCAUUCAGAAGCUCAUGAAUGAGAAGAGUCACCUCAAACAGGCCAUGAGCACAGCCGAUCGGCUCCGCCUCUUCCCAACGCUUCACCGCCUUAACUCCAACAAGAGGCCGACGCCACAGACCGCCAAGAUCUCCUCACUGCCAGAGGAAGCAGAAGAUGAAGUCCAUGACACGAGACUCUAACUGGCCAGCUGCAAACACACAUGCGCAUACACACCUGCAGGGACAAACAAACAGCUGUUUGAAGACCAAUGAUUUGGGGUUAAUUUCUGAAGCAAGAUUGACGAGGCCAUAAUGACAGAAUCUGAAUCAGUUUGGACAACUCAGGCAUAUUAUUUUACCCACUCUUAGGAGAAUAGUGAAAUGUGUCUUACAGAAAUUGAAGCCACAUUUUUCAUAGCCAAACAUAGCUGCUGAGAUCCACUUCACUGUCACAAAGUAAAACCAGGAUUAUGAAGCUUUGCACACAUUAAAAAAAAAAAAAGCUAUGUCCUAAUUUACUUAAACAGUCCAGCUACCUACUAUUUUAUUAACCUUUUAUCAAAGGUGUGACUGGAGCCGAUCCCAACAUAGGGCAAAAGGCAGGAUAAGCAAUAAUAAGUAAGUAAAGUUUAUUACAGAGAGCUUUUCACAAAGAAGCAGUCACAAAGUGCUGUAUCACAAAGCAGAGUAAAACCUGCCACUCUGGACAAGUUAUUACUCCAUCACAAGGCUAACACAGAGACAGUGAACCACACGCUCACAUCUAAAACCAGUAAAGCCAUGAGCUAACCUAACACGAAUGUCUUUGGACUGUGGGAAAGAACUGGAAGAUGCUGAGGAACCCAAAGAACAUGCUCAACACAAAAAGAGAAGCCAGCAAGGAGGUGAGGUGAUGUGUUAACCACUGUACCACUGUGUCGCUCCCACCUCAGAAUAGGCAUGUAAAGUUGCCUGAACAUGACUGAGUGUGCACAGUGCAAAAUAUGAAGGAUGAGAGUACAGAUGCAAAAUUGCAGGUGUCUCAAACAUUAGAAUAACACAAAUGCAAGUUUAGGAGUAUUAUUUUUUUGUUUGUUUUUUUUUUAAAGAAAAUGUGUGCAAUGGUGAAUUCUGCCACUAAAUUAAAGGAAAAUCAGUGUGUGUGUGUGUGUGUGUGUGUGUACGUGCGUGCGUGUGUGAAUGAAAGGCUUCACAAGCACACUGCAUGGAAGAUAAAGAAGAGUAUGGAAAGGGACCAGCUAAAUAGAGGAAGAAUCGUAUGACUUACAAAGAGCUGACAUGUAAACAAAGCACAUCAUAGCAUGCACCAGAGUCCGGGUUCAGUCUGACUAAGUGGACACUGUUAUUUAGCUCAUUAAAGAGCUCCGGCAGGUUUCAGUGAUGAACAAACAGUACAUGAGCUCAUUGAGUUCAGACGGUUCUCACAGAUGUGCUCUUCUGCACUUGCUUUGAAAAAAGGGAAAGAAAUCCAUACUUGUCUUUUUGCAUGAUUUGUUGUUUAAACAGGAUUUUUAUUGGUUUCAGUUGCAGUCUUUUGUUUGUUUGUUUUUGAAAAGCAUUUUGGCUAACAGCCAGCUCAUUUUCACUGGAGCACCUCAGACUGAACGUCUAAUAACAGCCACUGUAGAAGCCUGACUUUUUAGAUGCAUUUUGAAUGAGUGUGGAGCAUGUAACUGAGCAUUGUGAGCAAACAGGAAAACAAUAAGGCCACAUACUUUGUUCUCUAUUCUUGGCAUAUGGAACCGUUAAAAAAUAAGAACAAUCACAAGAACAGAUGUUCUUCAGUUUUACCAAAAUGUAUCAGUAUCAAGCAGGAGUCUUCAUGCACACCCUACACAGUCCCCAAAGGCAGCCAUUCAAAUCCCACUAUUUAUAUUUUUACUUGUAUAGCAGGCAUCCCGAUAGCCAAGCAGUUAGCAAGAGUGAGACAAUACACUCCACACCAGACUGGAAUAAUUUGAACAAGUCAAAUUGAACGUAACUGUUGAUAUUAGCAAAUGUUAUUCAAUAGUUUCGAAGAAUCAAAUUAUAACCAUACUAUAAUUCAUUAUAAGUUCCUCAUUUAUGCGAAGCUGCUGUUAGAACUGCUCUGAGAUUUAGCAGCACUCACACAGGCACUCCAAAGGCAUACUGAUGUAUCCUCGACCAGCAUGUUGGUGCUGGGCUGAAGCCUCCAGGCCACCUCAUAGCCUCCCCAAGAAAGACAAAGCAUCCUAUCACACUGUAAAACCUGCCUAGGAACGGCUCAAGACGCACAAGUCUGGAAAAAUGUCAAGGUGUCUGGUGCAAAGGAUUGAUUUUAAUGACGUGCUCGUUGGCUUUUACUUUUUAUUUAUUUUGGCUGUAUGUGCCAAAUUAGGAGAUCAAGAGCAAUAACAGCAGCUCAUUAAAUGAGACUUCUGCAGUGGCUUCGUGUGUCUUUUUGGAUUUUUCUUUUAAAUAAAGCAAAUAGUCCCAAAUUCCUUCUGUCUAUAGUCAGUCAGUCUGACCCUUAAGUAACUUAACUGAUGUCCACAAAACAGUGACGCUGUUGGCUGACGCUAAUAGUUUGUGAUGACUCUGAUACCCUUAUUUUUCUAUGCGUAUGCACUUUAGAGACACCCUGAGGUACUCACCAGCUUUCACAGCACGGAAACAGUCACACAAUUAAAAAAAUCUGCACUUUCAUGUCAAAUCCUCAAUGAAAAGUAGAAUAAUGACAUUUGAAAACAAUUAUCUUUAAUUUCUCAGCCGCUAUUGUUUUAUGAUUUAUGGAGAGAAGCUGGUAAUUUGUCCAAAGUAAAAAAAAAAUAAAUAAAUAAAAAGAAAUGUGAGAGAAACUUUUUAAGAGCUACUGCUGUACAAUUGCAAAGCAUGUUGGUUUUCUUUGUUUAUCAAUUCUCACGAUUUCUCAGUUCUUCGCUCUAGACUUUUCUAACAUUCAUUGUAUUUUGAAUUAUAAUUUUGUAAAGCACCGCUGCAGUAAAUGAAGGUACCUUGAAGAAAUGCCUCAAUAUGUUAACUGACAUUUUUUUUAACAUUGUAAAUUAAGAACACAACUGUUUCUUACUCAUAGGAAAUGGGCAGAGAUGUCCAGAAAUGUAUAAAUGUAUUUGUCAAUCAACUAUAUUUCCAGUAAAACUAAAGAUUUUGAGAAUUCAGAUGUGGUCGUGUUCUUUUUCUCAGAUGUUUGUAUGGAAAACAUUUUCAUUUUUGGAUCUUAUAGUGACUGACAUAUUCAUUACAUCCUUUAAAAAAAAACACCAAAUGUAAAGCUGUAUAUAUAUCCAAUCAUUACACCCAUAUAAUUUAAAGGAAACGAGCUAUGGGUCAUUUUCAAUGCUUAGACCUUACUAUGGUGGCUCUGUGUAAUUCACAGUUCAGUGGACCUUGCCUCCUUCUCCCGUUCACAUUCUUUUAAUUGGUGCAUAUCCUUAACUCAUUAUUUUAAUAGUAUUAUUUGACAUGUAGCUAUGUUAAAUAUGAACAUAGCCCUUCCUCUAACCCAGUUCUUAGUUAUUGUUACAUCCCUGACAUUUUAAUCUGAUUAGUCAAAU